UUAAGACUUGCACAACAUCGGAAUGGAGGAUCUGGGGCAGGAUUAUGGUUCCGAGAGAAGCCAGAGAGUGACAGGGAGGUCAAGGUGGACUCCCAAGCCGGAGCAAAUCCUAAUUCUGGAGUCCAUCUUCAACAGUGGGACCGUCAAUCCCUCCAAGGACGACACUGUCAGAAUCAGAAAGCUUCUCGAGAAAUUCGGCACCGUCGCCGACGCCAACAUCUUCUACUGGUUCCAGAACCGCCGCUCCAGAUCGCGCCGCCGCCAGCGCCAGCUGCAGCAGCUAGCCGCCGAAGCCCUCCACCAAGAUAAUGAUCACCAGCUUCAGCCUCAUCAGGUUGGCGGUGCAGGUGCAGGUGCAAGUGCAAGUGCAAGCCCAAGUCCGUCACCAUCCUAUCAUCAUCACCAGAGCAACCCUGCAUCUGAUCCUGCAGUUUUGGCGGCUUAUAAUGGCGGCUGCUCCUCGUCUUAUCUCGCUUCCCAAGAACCAAUGGAUCAUGCUCUUUUUUUCCCUGCUGAUCACAUGGGUUUCCCCGAAAUUGAUCACAAUUCUGAUCUGAAUUUCCAUUCUGUUUCAGGAAGCAUCAAUGUGUUUAUCAAUGGGGUUGCAACAGAGGUGGAGAGGGGACCCAUAGACAUGAAAUCAAAGUUUGGUGAAGAUGUGAUGUUAGUUCAUUCGUCUGGAGUUCCAGUUCCUACCAAUGACUUUGGCUUCUUAUUGCACGAUUUGCAGCCUGGUGAAAGCUACUUUCUGGUUAGCCCCCAGUUUUAAAGGCCGCAUAAGAAGGAAAAUGAACCGAAGCAACUAUGACAGUAGAAGGAAGGCUGCCUCGCACUACAUAUAUGCUCCUUUAAUGAUUUUUCUUUUUAUCUCCAAUCUCUUUUUGGUUUCUAUCUUGUGUGUGACUCAAAUAAUACAGCCCUCAUAUAAUUAUUUAUCUAUUGUAUGCUU